AUGAAAGAACACCAAACAUCACACAAAGUGUUCGCGCGCUCCACAGAGAAUCGCCAUGGCAGAUUCAAGGAUUUUCCGUCUAAGAAGUCUAACAAGGCACACUACAAUUCAUCAAAGUUUAUUUCCCACUCUUUCUUUUUUCGCUUUUUACAUUUAUAUUCAAUUUUUCGUGUUCCUUUUAUUCUCUUUCGCCAGAUCACAGAUAAGAGCUUGAAUGCGGCAUUUGCAUCCCUUUCUGAAGAUUCCGUGGAUUUAUCACCGAUCUCCGAGAUCUCAUUUGCAAAUCACAACGAAGAUGUCACGAACUUCUUGUUGGAAGAACCUUCCUCGGUGACUUUGGUUCCAUCUGAUUUAAGUCCUAAAAAAAUCACCGACGCAACGGAAAUUAUUGGGUCCGCUAAUUCUAUUUGCAACGAUGAAUUAGAUAGUUCUAGGUUUAAUUCUGUGGAAGCUGAGAUUACUGUGAAUUUUCUCAGAAAUGUUAAAGCUCCCCAAUUUAGAAGAGAGCUUAUGGAUGGCAUAAUUGAGUAUGUUAUAAGUGAUCUCCAAACCUAUACCUUGCCAGAGGAGAGAGAUCAGUUUGCUCAUUUGCUUUCGAUGAAAAGUCGAAUGUUGUUUCUGUGUACCUUCAUUUGGGUAAUUGGAGUAUCAGUUCUGCUUUUCUUCACUUUGGAUGCUCGUGGCCCUUACAGAGGACCGACGCCAACCUGAACGAUUCCACUAAGGUUCAUAUGCUUUUAGACUACGGGAGAAGAGGUAAGAUCCUCUGUUAUCUAGCUUGUAAAUAUAUCUCUUCAACUGAAAAUUCUUGGAAUAACUCGUUCUUAGUCUUACACUUGACUUGAGGUAUGCACUUGUUCUUACCCACCUUAACUAAAGCAGUUUUUUGACAUGCUGGUCGAUUGCACUUGUUCUUACCCACCUUAACUAUAACAGUUUUUUGUUUUCUGUAAUGCGUAUUCUUUUCUUUCCUGCUUUCAGUGGUCUUCAGAAUGUAUAUUCAAACACCGUUGCUUUCUUGCUUUCUUUGAGGAUGUGUGCGUUUAAAUUUAAGUUGGAAAUGUGGUGUGCGCGAUUCUAUUACUAUACAAAUCCAACAGAUAAAAGUAAGUUGAAAGUAAAAGCAAGGGUGAUGAUGCUUUUGCAAACGUACGUUUACAACCUUCUACCCAAACACAAUGAUAUUUUGAUUCCAGCUUAUAGUUCAUGUCUUCAUUCCCUCUCUCUCUCUUCCUUUUCUUUUUCUUUUUCUUUUUUUAAGGGUCCUAAAAUCCUUUGAUUGAUGGAAGUGUAGAAUCAGUUUCUCAAUACCUCACUAGGCCAUUUCCUAUCCCCCUAGCACAGCAAAGGAAAAAAUUUAUCAUCCAUCCACUUUCUCUUUCAUCCCACUUCCACGUCAUCUUCUUUCUAUCUCUCCCCUUUUCACCAUAACACCUAUUACAUUUA